AUGUUUCUGGACCGCUACAAGGACAUGGUGGCAUCGGUGCCGUUCGCCAUCCAACUGCCACUCAUGACACUAGACGGGCUCUUGUCGUCGUUCCCAAUCUUGCUCCUCGCAGCCAUUCUCACAGGAAGCAGCUCCGAUCCGGACUUCGAAAAGCAAGCGGGCGAGGCAUUUCGACACGUCCUCGCCGAUCGAGUCAUCGUCAGGGGACAGAAGAGCCUGCAACUUUUGCAGAGUCUGCUGACGUACAUGACGUGGUAUCACCACCGCUUCGACCCACAGACUGCCCAAUUCUACCAGCUCCUGCAGCUUGCAAACGGCAUGGUCGCCGAUCUUGGGCUACCCAGGAGAUUUGCCAAAGAAGGAACAUUCGGCGAUCGGGGCGAUGAGGAUGUGAACGCCAGUCGGGCAUUCUUGCUCUGCUACUACCUCAACUGCGGCGGUGGAGUGCUUGGGUACGACAGGCCCGAGAAUAUGCGGUGCAUUGAGAAUUUAAGGAACGCUGCGAAGUUGCUGGCUGAGGUGUCCGACAGAGCUCUUGAUCCGGAAGCACCGGCGCUGGUCGAGCUGCUACACAUUGUAAGCCUACAUCGGGGUGACGGAAAUGAGAACCAGUCUGAACAUCGCGUUCCGCCUUCACGAAGUCUUUCUGGGUGGAAAGCCACCUACAUACGGCAAGAGACGUCGGCGAGCCUGAGGUCGACCUACCAUUUCGUUGCAGCGUACAGCGUGCUCAAAUCAUCGAGCUCAAAGGCCAUGUCGGCCCAGGAUGCCCGGCUCAGCUUCCAGCAUUUCAAAGCGGUCUUGUCCAACAUCCUUGACCAGAAGCUCUGCUAUCUUGUCCAGCUGGGCGUCAUCGAGUGGGCACAUUUGAUUACGACUUUGUUCCUCCUCGCCCGUCUGGAGAGCUCUGAAGUGGCCAGAUCGGGUACGGCGGGUUCCUUCGGCCAAUCACUGCUCGCACACCAGUAUGUCGCUCGCUUCCGAGCCCUUGUGGAUUGCUUGACGACGCAGGCCGAGGCAAGCACGGCCUUCCGGGCGCCGCAUCUCCUGGGCUGGCUCGACAAGAUAUUAACGGCCGUCAUGCAGCUGUCGAGCUCCGUGGAGGCAUCUCAUGUAUCAUCCAGCGAUGAGAGUGACCACCACCACCAGGAAUCAGCCUACGAGAUCGUCAACUCUUUCAUGGAGGACCGGGGCAAUGUGCGACAUCCAGCUCCAAGGGAACCAACUAAUGUGAGAAAGCAGGUGCAGAGAAAAGACGAAGAAGACUUUUGGACCGACUUUAUGUCGGACUGGCUGAAUUGGUAG